CACACACACACACACUCACACACAGUCACACACAGACACACACACUCACACACACAGACACACACACACACACACACACACUCACACAGACACACACAGACACACACACACUCACACACAGACACACACACUCACUCACACACACUCACACACACACACACACACACACACACACACACACAUAUAUGUAUAUAUGAGACAUACAUAAAAACAUAUUUAUUAGAUUUUUUUUUUAAAGAGUAUUUUUUUAAUCAGAGGACAUAAUUUUAACCAAACAGCCGCUGUAGCCAAGUAGAUACAAAAUGUUUAAUACAAGACAUAAAUUGUGUUACAAGUAAUGAAAGCAUGUUUUCCACACAGUUUUCAGUAAACGAAGAAGGAUGAAUGAUGUUUAUUCAUAUUACAAAACAUUUCUGUGAACGAACACAGUGAACAAAAACAACAUCUUCACACACUUGUGUUUUGGAACACAGUCAGGUUGAAUAUUAUUGUAAUAUAUGAGUGAAUUAUUAUUAGAAUUAUUGUAUAUAGAAGUGAGAUAUCUCUGACAUAUCUAUUUCACCUGGAGCCUUUAUUUUGGUGGGGAGACAUUUGAGUUGAUGGACUACCAGAGGACAGUUUCAGAUAGUCUCACAAUUCACCUCUAGAUUGUGAAGAGCACUUUACAAACACCUCAACGUCUGUCUCACAUGAGGUGAUCACUCAGAAUCUGACAGUCUGAUAUCAACUCAAAUGUCCCUCAGUUCCUCGACACAAACUCCAUCUUAGGAACAGGGAAGAACACAAAACACAGCAAUAUCAUAAACUAAUGCACAGUGAGGAACAAACGACUGAAUAAAAAUGUGUUUGAAGAAAUUAUGUUUCAUCGUGGCUGGAUUUCUGCAGGUGUCAAAUGAAAAGUGAUGCAAUGAGAGUAUUGUAUUUAUACAUUGUUCCUCUAUAGACCUUAUUCACAUCUUUGAUUUUUAUGGGAAUUACAGUGAGGCUGUGAGAGAUAGACGUUCAGUCUCUUCAAUGGGUUAUUCAGUCAUUUAAAGUGUUUUAGCUACUUUUUUUAAAGUUUGUAUGAUUGUUUCCCUUUUCUGCACAUUAUGGAUAAAAGAUAGUUAUAAACAAAUUCUUUCAAAGACAGAAAACUAAGCUUUCACUAAAUUUACACUUGCAUUCAUAUUCUAAUUUCUUGAAGAUGUGACACGAUGUGAACACAGAGAUAUGUGAUGCUCACUGGUUUUUAUGGUGCAUUCUGGGAUUUCUGGGGAGUGACUGUUUUAGUGCACUGGAACAAUUUUGUGAUUGGGACAAUCCUAUAAAUGGACGACUCCCUGACCAGUGUGCUGACUAAUGAUCUAAAGCUGAUUGAGAUGCACCAUAUUGUCAGGAUAUACACACGGAGGCAGAGGUAAGUGAAUCCAAACACAGCUUUAUUUUAGGUGGCAAGAGUGAGGGUGAGUAAUUUGGCAGUUCAAGUGCAGACACGGUGAAGAUCACUUGAUGCCGGACAGGCAACAGGUAAGCACAACCACUUCGGGAAUGUGGGAAUCAAGUAAUCACAGGACAGUGAUGCAAAUCCUCUCUUUUAAGAAGCAGAUACUUGGAAACGGGAUCAGAAGACUCACUGGCAGAUCAGAGGGAUACAAGGGCACGGGCGAUAGGAAAUGUAACAGGAGUCCUGGAGACAACAGAAUGUGGACAUAGAAGUUAGAAGCAUUUAGAUUAUCUGGCUGUAUGGUGACAGAGGAAGGCUGUUGUUCUGUGGCAUCAGCUCUGAGAUCAAAUCUCUCACGCCUGAAAGAGCUGGAUCUGAGCUACAAUCACCCAGGAGAAUCAGGAGUCAAGCUGCUCUCUGAAAGACUCAACGAUCCAAACUGCACACUGGACAAACUUAAUGUGGAUCAUGGAGGAGAGUUCAGGAUUACAGCAGGACCACGAAAAUAUGUCUGUGAUCUCACACUGGAUUCAAACACAGUACACACUGAACUCAUUCUGUCUGAGGGGAACAGGAAGGUGACACGUGUGGAAGAGCGUCAGUCAUAUCCUGAUCAUCCAGAGAGAUUUGAUGAGUGUCCUCAGGUUCUGUGUAGAGAGAGUCUGACUGGACGCUGUUACUGGGAGACUCAAUGGAGUGGAUAUGGUGCUGGUAUAUCAGUGUCAUAUAAAGAAAUCAGCAGGAAAGGAUUGAGUUAUAACUGUGUGUUUGGAUACAAUGUAAACUCCUGGAGUCUGUGGUGCUCUAAUAACACAUUCACUGUCCGUCACAAUAAUAACAGCACUGUCAUACGUCCCCCUUCACACGACUGUAAGAGAGUAGGAGUGUAUGUGGACUGUCCGGCCGGCACUCUGUCCUUCUACAGCGUCUCUGACACACACACACUCACACACUUACACACACUCAUCACCACAUUCACUCGACCCCUCUAUGCUGGAUUUAGAGUUUGUCCUGAUUCCUCAGUGUGUGUGUGUGAAAUUGAUCAUCAGAGACACACACACACAACUGGAUGAGUGAAAUAUACUCACUGUAUCUCACAUCAACACAACUCCAAACUCUUUCUAGAAAUCAUUUCAUCAAUGAAACUGAUUGAAUUCAAUACAAUGACAGUACUUUGUGUCUCACUGUGAUGUGAUUGAACUUAUUUACUAUCAGAUUCAAUAAUAAAAAUAAUGAUUUGAAAUGAAUAAAUGAGUCUAUAUAUGAACUCUUUAUUAAACACACGGCACAUUCAGAUACUCAUUGUUUUAUUUAUACUAAAUAAACAUUUACAAAUACAGAAUUCUUGUGAUUUUUCUACAGUAUAUAAAUCUUAAUACUUAACAGACAAUUCUAGAAAAAACAGCUUCACACUUUUGCAUUCAUAAAUGGAUUUAUAAGAACU